CGCCGUUUAAUAGUAUUUAUGUAUUGACUAAUUUAAUUUUAAGUUUUAAUCUAGUGGAACAAACCAACAAACCGGUUUACACUGUUGGGAUUAUCAUUUGAUGACCAUAGUAUUUACAACUGUUUAUGUACUCAUUGCCAUUCUCGUAUGCGUCCAUACAGAGGUAGUACUUCUGUAGCAUGAACAUUUUAUUCAAGACAAUAGUAAACUUAAUGUUCCUAAUAUUAAACUGUAAUUGCUUUUGUUAAUUAUUAGAUCAGAAGUUUUAAAUAAAAUGCAUGCGUAUUUGUGUUUGCUCGGGAUUUUAGCUAUCGUUGGAUUUCAGAAUUCAACUGGCCAACUUGUAAGAGUGAAACUUGAAAGGGACAUUGAGAGGAGGGUAGAAACGUGUGGCCCAGAAGCAGAAUGUGUUUCCAGUAUUCAAAGUUGUGACGUCACGUCUGAAUCGUCUUCAACCCUUAAAAAAUGUCAUUAUAUUCAAGACUCCCAUUCGUUUUUCAGAAGAGUUGAAGGUGUUUGUUGUCCAGUUAAAAACAUAGUUUUAAAUAACCGAAAAAAAAGGCAAGCUAAUAACAAUGCGAUCGAAUCUGACCUAUCAGAAUUAGAUCAAGCACUGGACAGAUCGUCACCAGAACCUAUAAAACCAAUGCCAGAAGAUCCAAACUGUGGCAUUAACAGCAAAACAACUUCAAACAUUGUAAAUGCUCAAGUCACUAGUCCAAGUGAAUGGCCAUGGAUGGCAGUUCUUUUAGAAAACACUAAUUAUAUCAAUUUUUGCGGUGGUGUUAUAAUUAAUAAACGUUUUGUGCUUACAGCUGCUCAUUGUUUUAAAACAUACAAGCAAAAGGAAAUUGUUAUAAGAGUAGGUGAAUACGAUUUUACCAAAAAAAAUGAAACACAAUACACUGACUACAGACCAGCAGCAAUCAGAAUUCACCCAGAUUAUGACACUGCUACACAUGCUAAUGAUAUUGCUCUCAUCAGGUUGAAUAGACCACUCACAUUCAGUACUUAUGUCCAACCUAUUUGUUUACCUAAGACCAACAUGCAAAUUUAUAACAAAACUGCUGUCGUUUGUGGUUGGGGCCAAACUGCGUUCGACGAAGAAAUUAGUAACGUUCUUUUAGAAGUAGCUGUUCCAGUUUGGGACCAUGAAGAAUGUGUUCUAGCUUUUUCGCAACCAAUUUUUCGUACUAAUAUAUGCGCUGCUGAAUACGAAGGCGGGAAAGAUUCGUGUUUGGGCGAUUCUGGUGGUCCGUUGUUAAUGCAAAGAUCAGAUGGAAGGUGGACAAAUAUUGGAGUAGUAUCAUGGGGAAUAAAUUGUGCUCAACCAGGAUUCCCAGGAGUUUAUGCUAAAACAACUUCUUUUCUUAAGUGGAUUGCUGUCAAUACUCAGGACAUUAAUUAGGCAAUAAUAGUAAAGAAAGUGCACAUUUUAUUUUGCCCAAUAUUAUAAAAUAGUUCAUAGCUUUUAAUUUUUGAUAAUAAAAAUUAUUUCUGUAAAAAUUAAAUAACUUAAGUUUUAACAUUAAAAAAAUUAGUAAAAAAAUAAAAAAGCGUGAAGAUAUAUUUAAAUAGAUAUUAAUAAUUGUAAAAAAUUAUAAAUUGACAAAUAAAAUGAUAAAAAUUUGUACAAGUUUUG